CCCACGCCCCCGCCCCCGCUCCCCGGGUCCGGGCUGGCCGCGGCGCCACGCCCCGGCCGCCCGUUAUCUGCCCGCCGCGGCUCCCGGCCGGUCUGCAGGGGCCUCCCUCUGUGGGCCUCGGGGUGUCCCCCGUUGUCCUGCUCCCACUGACGCAGGCAGGGCUUUUUCCCCCACUGACGGGUCUGAGAACGGGGUCUUCGCCCUCCUCUCCUCGCCGGGACCUCCAUUCCCGCCGCCCGAGUUUCCCUGCCCCUCUUGACAGCUCCAUGACGCAGCCAGUUUUAUUUCUGUUGUGAGACUGAUGGCUAAAACUCGCUUUGGGCUUUCUUUCUAGGACUAGAAUUGGUCUUUGAUUGCUGAGAGGUAGACAGGGGUGCUGGGUUUGACAACGGCCGCACCCGAAGCCAGCCGAGCCUCUGUGUGCCUUCACAGGAUCUGUGUGUCGUCGUUAGCUGCCUCUUGGGGUUUGGUUUCGGUACCUGGGGCCCUGGUAAAAGCAGACACCGAAUCGCUCUUACACGGCCAGAGUUACUGUCAUUUGCCUCUCGUCUCUUAGAGGAUGGUAGGCAGCACCAGCCUCUCAGCAACUGGGAUUCAGAGAAGACUGCCCUGCGAAAUGGCUCUAUCAGCCAUUGUGCUCCUCUGAGAGGCUCUCAGUGCUGAGUCACCACAUCCAUCCACCUCAUUUAGGUGGGCAGAGCUGUGCCCCAGGCCAGUGGCUCCUGACCACUCUUGACUAGGAGGAGGGGUUACUCUAGCCGAAUGUUUCCUUAACUCUAGAAUAGAGUAGGAAGGCCCUGACUCCGUCCCUGUGCCGGCCUUCAGCAGCCAGUCAGCAGCCCUUUCAGUAAACUGAGAAACGUGCCCCUAGACAGGCGCUCUUUGGAGUUGUGUUCGUCUAGCUGAGGGCUGUUGUUUUGAUGGAGUCUGUGCUUUCCCCCAACCCUGUCUUUAUUAGCGGCUGCUGUCUCUUGGCAUAGAUCCAGUCUACAGAUGUAUGGAGUCCUUUUUGGGUUAGGCUUGGCAGGAUUGAGUUUUGUUUCCUCCCGUUUUUAUUGGAAGACAGACCAUAAUCUCAUUAGUGGGUUUAAUUGAUUCUAAUAUUUAUUACCAUUUGGACUGAGAGUCAGAUCUUGCCCCUUGAAAACUGAAGACCAGGCAGAUGUUUCCUGGGGAUGUUGGGCCUGGAAGCAAACACGCCUUGUUCUUUUGUUGACCUCAUUGACCCCAGGUUCCCUGGUUAAAACUGGCCUGGUACCCAGUAGCCCACUGAUCAAUCCUUGAGGCUGUGCCCUCCGGGGCAUGCACUUGACAGGGCCCACCAUCAUGCGACUGAGCUCCCUUUUGGCUCUGCUGCGACCAGCACUGCCCCUCAUCCUAGGACUGUCUCUGGGGUGCAGCCUGAGCCUCUUGAGGGUUUCCUGGACCCAGGGUGAGGGAGAAGAUCCCUGUGUAGAGGCUGUGGGGGAACCAGGAGGGCCACAGAAUCCAGACUCGAGAACUCGGCUCGACCAAAGUGAUGAAGACUUCAAACCCCGGAUUGUCCCCUACUACAGGGAUCCCAACAAGCCCUAUAAGAAGGUGCUCAGGACCCGGUACAUCCAGACAGAGCUGGGCUCUCGUGAGCGGUUGCUGGUGGCUGUCCUGACCUCCCGGGCCACACUGUCCACUCUGGCUGUGGCUGUGAACCGCACGGUGGCCCACCACUUCCCUCGGUUACUCUACUUCACUGGGCAGCGAGGGGCCCGGACUCCUGCAGGGAUGCAGGUGAUAUCUCAUGGGGACGAGCGACCAGCCUGGCUCAUGUCAGAGACCCUGCGCCAUCUUCACACACACUUUGGGGCCGACUACGACUGGUUCUUCAUCAUGCAGGAUGACACAUAUGUGCAGGCCCCCCGCCUGGCAGCCCUUGCUGGCCACCUCAGCAUCAACCAGGACCUGUACUUGGGCCGGACAGAGGAGUUCAUUGGUGCAGGAGAGCAGGCCCGGUACUGCCACGGUGGCUUUGGCUACUUGUUGUCCCGGAGUCUCCUGCUUCGACUGCGGCCACAUCUUGAUGGCUGCCGAGGAGACAUUCUCAGUGCCCGUCCUGAUGAGUGGCUUGGCCGCUGCCUCAUUGAUUCUCUGGGCAUUGGCUGCGUCUCACAGCACCAGGGGCAGCAGUAUCGCUCAUUUGAACUGGCCAAAAAUAGGGACCCUGAGAAGGAGGGGAGCUCGGCUUUCCUGAAUGCUUUUGCGGUGCACCCUGUCUCCGAGGGAACCCUCAUGUACCGGCUCCACAAACGCUUCAGUGCCUUGGAGCUGGAGCGGGCGUACAGUGAAAUAGAACAACUGCAGGCUCAGAUCCGGAACCUGACUGCACUGACCCCAGAGGGGGAGGCAGGGCUGAGCUGGCCCAUUGGGCUCCCUGCCCCUUUUACAGCGCACUCUCGUUUUGAGGUGCUGGGCUGGGACUACUUCACAGAGCAGCACACCUUCUCCUGCGCAGACGGGGCCCCCAAGUGCCCGCUGCAGGGGGCCAGCAGGGCAGACGUGGGUGACGCCGUGGAGACUGCUUUGGAGCAGCUGAAUCGGCGUUAUCAGCCCCGCCUGCGCUUCCAGAAGCAGCGGCUGCUCAAUGGCUACCGGCGCUUCGAUCCAGCGCGGGGCAUGGAGUAUACCCUGGACCUGCUGCUGGAGGCCGUGACACAGCGAGGGCACCGGCGGGCCCUGGCCCGCAGGGUCAGCCUGCUGCGGCCGCUGAGCCGGGUGGAAAUCCUCCCUAUGCCCUACGUCACUGAGGCCACCCGAGUGCAGCUGGUGCUGCCGCUGCUGGUGGCCGAAGCUGCUGCGGCCCCUGCCUUCCUCGAGGCCUUUGCAGCCAGUGUCCUGGAGCCACGAGAGCAUGCGUUGCUCACCUUGUUGCUGGUCUAUGGGCCUCGGGAAGGUGGCCGAGGGGCCCCAGACCCAUUUCUUGGGGUGAAGGCAGCAGCGGCUGAGUUGGAACGACGGUACCCUGGGACGAGGCUGGCCUGGCUCGCCGUGCGAGCGGAGGCCCCUUCCCAGGUGCGGCUCAUGGACGUGGUCUCUAAGAAGCACCCGGUGGACACGCUCUUCUUCCUCACCACCGUGUGGACCAGGCCCGGGCCCGAAGUCCUCAACCGCUGCCGCAUGAAUGCCAUCUCUGGCUGGCAGGCCUUCUUCCCAGUCCAUUUCCAGGAGUUCAACCCUGCCCUGGCACCACAGAGAUCUCCCCCAGGGCCCCCGGGGGCUGGCCCUGACCCCCCGUCCCCUCCUGGAGGUGACCCUUCCCGGGCGGCUCCCGUAGGGGGCAGGUUUGACCGACAGGCUUCUGCAGAGGGCUGCUUCUACAAUGCUGACUACCUGGCGGCCCGAGCCCGGCUGGCUGGUGAACUGGCAGGCCAGGAAGAGGAGGAAGCCCUGGAGGGGCUGGAGGUGAUGGAUGUUUUCCUCCGGUUCUCAGGGCUCCACCUUUUCCGGGCCGUGGAGCCAGGGCUGGUGCAGAAGUUCUCCCUGCGCGACUGCAGCCCUCGGCUCAGCGAGGAACUGUACCACCGCUGCCGCCUUAGCAACCUGGAGGGGCUGGGGGGCCGCGCCCAGCUCGCCAUGGCUCUGUUUGAGCAGGAGCAGGCCAACAGCACCUAGCACAGCCCGGGGCCCUGCACCUCCACACAUUUCCACCUCGGCCCUGUGAAGGCAAGGCAAGAUGGAUGGACAGAUGGAGAGCUUAUUGCUGUAUUUUUUUUAAUAAGAAAAUGUUAUUAAAAGUGUCUUCUGCCAGACUGUUUUUAGGUCUAGGGAAAAUGUAGUGAGAAGACUCUGAAGAAGGGGGUGGGCGUUUCCCAGAGGGACCCAGUGCCCUUCCCUCCCCAGUCAUCAGUGACCACACAGCUGCUAUCGGACGAAUGACCUUUAAUCCAGUCCCCGCCUCACCCACCAGGCAUCAGGAGUGGUGGCAGAGCCCCAGGUGACAGGGCAGGGGCCCAGAGGCCCAUGGUGGCGGUGGCACUCAUUCACAGGGCUCCUAGGUGUUACGCACGACCAGCGACUGCUCCAGCUCCUGCCUGCGCUGCUGGAUCUGUAGAGAAACAGGAGCAGGAGCAGGGUUACGUGUUGCUGGUGAGUGACAGGACAGGCCCCCACCUGCCCUGGAGGAGCAUCUGGGAGCAGGGAAGGCUCCCUUGUGGUGAAGGGGAGGGUGGAGUGGCUGGUGAGGCUGAGAAGGGAGGUUUCUACUGGAGUAAGUGGGGGAGGCUGGAGGUAUCGGGGGCCCUCCACACCUUGCAGUAGAAGUAGCGGCUGACGGCUUCCUGGGACCAGGGCUGGUGGUAGAACUCGGCCCGGCGCUCCUCCUCAGGGUUGCCUGCCACAUCUGUCAUUACCUGGGAGGGAGCAGUGGGGUCAGCCCUGAGCCCAGAGCCCCUCCAGCCCCUGUGUACCACGUUCACGGUCUUCCCAAUAUGCUUGUCUUCCAUCCAGUGCUCCCUGAGUCCCCUUCACCUUGAGGUCCCGGCUCUGGGAGCGGAGGAGGUCUUGGAUGUAGCCUUUGGGGUCUCUGGAGAAGCUUAGCAUGAAGUCCCUCUGGAUCUUGAGCUGGUUUAUGGACUCAAUCGUCUCAUGGAUCUACAGCUCUGGGCUGUGGCCCCACCUUACUGUCCAGAGCACUGAUCUCCUGCUGGUUGGCUGUGGACAGGAGGAAGCUGCUCAUCUGUCCCUUCAGCGGCUCCUCCACCUCCACGUCAAUGUCAUAGCACGCUGUCUUCUUCUGGUCCGACGGGUCCACGCUGCCAGGGAAGUCCAGCCCUUGGUGUCUAGCUGCCCCGCCACAAGAGGCCAAGGGCCAGAAGCCACAGGGAGGGAGGGGCCUGGGGGUGGGAAGAUGGGACAAGGAGGGCGGGACCACAAUGAUUCCCUGUUCUGAGGAGCAGGCUGGGGCCUCACCUGAUAACGUGGUUGAUGACAAUUGGGUCAGGGGGCAAGAGCAGAGCUGUGAGGCGCUGGGGGAUCUCAGAAAACUUCAGCCGCGGACAAUCAAAAAUCUGAAGUAGGAGAGAGAGAUCACUGUUCUGUGCUUGAAAAGAGCAUACUUUCCAUUCUGAAAAGGCCACAAGAAGCCAGGAACAAGUCUAAUUCCUCAGUGCCCGUGGGGCUGGGCGAGGGUGGCUGUGAGUAGUGGAGCGCUGACAAGGAGGUGGGUGGGCGCCACGCAGAGGUUGAGAGCACAGGCCCUGGGUCGGCUGGCCUGAGUAUAAACCCUCCUUCCACCACUCUCUGUGCGACCCUGAGCAACUUGCUUAACAUCUCAGGUCUCAGUUUCUUCCUCUAGAAAGGGGAUGAUAAUAGGACCUAUCUCACGGGGUUGCUGUGAAAAUUGAAUGAGUCGGCACAUACGAAGUGCCUGGCACGUGGUAAGUGCUCAAUAAACAUUGACUCUGAUUUUCACUA